GGGCUGCCCGGCGGUCGUCGGCGGAGGGGAGCGGCGGGGAGCGGCCUGCCCAAACAGCCGGAGCGCAGCCUGGCCUCGGCGCUGCCCGGCGCUCUCUCCAUCACGGCGCUUUGCACGGCGCUGGCCGAACCCGCCUGGCUCCGUAUCCACGGCGGGACCUGCGCCCGUCAGGAGCUGGGAGUCGCCGAUGUCUUGGGAUACGUCGACCCCGAGCUGCUGCGAGAUUACUGCAUGAACCCGCAGACAGUCCUGCUGCUCCGGGUCAUCGCUGCCUUCUGCUUCCUGGGAAUCAUCUGCAGCCUCUCAGCUUUCCUCCUGGACGUCUUCGGACCCAAGCACCCAGCGUUGAAGAUCACUCGCCGCUACGCUUUCGCUCACAUCCUCACAGUCCUGCAGUGUGCCACGGUCAUUGGAUUCUGCUACUGGGCCUCAGAGCUGAUCCUCGCCCAACAACAGCAGCACAAAAAGUACCACGGGUCCCAAGUCUACGUCACCUUCGCCAUCAGCUUCUACCUGGUGGCGGGCGCCGGGGGAGCCUCCAUCCUUGCCACCGCUGCCAACCUGCUGCGUCACUACCCCACCGAGGAAGAGGAGCAAGCCCUGGAGCUCCUGUCUGAGAUGGAGGAGAACGAACCUUACCCAGCCGAGUACGAAGUGAUCAAUCAAUUCCAGCCACCGCCGGCGUACACCCCCUGAUGCCGGCACCAGGACGCAGUCAUCGCUUUCUCCCGCCCACGAACUUCAUUUUCUCGGCACCUCCUUCACUCUUCUGAUCUCUCCCAUGCAGAGGAAAGAACUUUACGGGUCAGGCAAUCGGCGUUUUCUUCCAGUCUUAUUUUAUUAACUCUAUAGUGUGAUUUUUUAACCCCGCACUGGCUCGGCUGGCCAAAAUAACGAUGGCGUCACCCCCCACGCAGCUUCUCCCCGGCAUGAGGGGCGGUGGGAUCCGCUCUCCCCCAUCGGAGAUCUCGUCCCCACCCUGCACCGGGAAGGAGGGGGAAAUUGCGCCAGAUUCCCGGCCCGGCGCGCAGUGAACUCGGUUCCUCCUCUGCCGAGGCGUGACACACACCCAGAGAAAGGUGUGGCGCACGCGUGUGUGUAUAUAUUUAUAUAUAUAUAUAUAUGGGGGAAACACCCGCCACGGCGUGCUGGUGGGAGAGGAACGGCCCUUUGUAGCGGCUGUACGGCAGGAGGAAGGUAGAGCGAACCCUCCCGCUGCUCUAUCUGUUCCUCUUUCUUGACUGGCGCUGUCCACGCGAGCAUUUUGCACUUUAUUUCAGGCUCGGGGGAGGAUGGUGACAGUUUCGGGGCCAGCUGCCGGGGACUGUCACCGCUGUAAAACCCCAUUUGCAAGCGGGCGGCACAGCAUGGGCUGAUUUCAAAGAAGCUCUUUUGCCGCCGGCGGUGGUUUUGGGGGAGUUCUGUCCCCCAGCACCGUAGUGUCCAGCUGCUUUUGGCUUCUCACUGAGCAAAUCUUGGGGUUUUUUUUUUUAGCCAAGAUAAAGCCAGACUUUGGUACAGUGACAGCUCCCGGGAAGCAGGUUGAGCCUGCACUGGAAAACCGGCAUCUCUGCCUGUAGUUUUUAUGCAAGUUCCUGACCUCCGCGCCAAUCUGACUCUCCUGCUUUUUGCCCCCACUUUUAAUCUCGGUGUUUUUCUGUCCUGCUCUUAGUUUAUUACCGUUUCCUUCUGCAAGCCCCGAGAUACAGCGGACCUUGACGAGCUAGCGCUUUCCCGGAUGGUGCCGGAAAACCGAGGGAAGGCCGAUCCUGGCAUGUCCAGACCUGCAGCCAAACCUGGAGGAGGUAGCUGGCAGGGACAGAGUGGGGUUUUUGGGGGCUGUUUAAAGUAAACCCGACAGGAAAAAAACAUGCAAGGAUGCAUCGACCUGAGCACCGCAGCACUGAAAAGCUCAAGGCUGGCUCUGCAGAGGGUGCAGUGGUUUAGGGAAGGAGUUUUAGGACAGGAAUACCGCGUGUUGUAGGUUCUUAGCUGUCCCUCUAAUGCUUUUAUUACCUAUUUUCUUGCUGCUCUCUGUCUUGCCCAGCUCAUCCCUUUUCCCCCACCCUGCACCCGCAGCAGCACUGGCUAUGCAAGAGCUUCAGCCGAUCUCCGGGGCUCAGGCUGUGGCACGAAACUGAAAAAGUUGGCCCGGGGAGAGCACUGCCCGUGCCCUGCAAGACUUAAAGAAGGAAAAUCAGCCCCUUAAAACCCUUGAGGGUUUUGAUGGAAGGGUGCAGAGCGUGGGGAGAACCCGGCAGCGUGGCGUUCAGGGGGUUUAGCGGCCCCGGGGCGGCUCCUCUUCCUCCUCCAUCCCACCUCCGGGUCCUCGGCCAAAGAAAACAUCCUGCCGGCUCUUCCCCGGCAUUGGGCUGGCGUGGCAAUCCGGCUGGAAAAUAGUUUGGGUUCCCCCGCCAGUGACUUAUAUGCAAGAGAGGGGCUUGAGUGUAAAUAGUCUGUGCAUAAACAUACUGUAUUUCUGUAAAAAAAAACAAAAACAACCAGAAAGAGACAAAUGAUGUCAUUUCCCUCCCCUCUGCUGAUCCCCGUAGCUCGAUGGAAUCUAGAUGGGGUGCGGGUGCCG